AUGUCGAGAAGAUACGAUUCCCGGACGACCAUCUUCUCGCCCGACGGUCGCUUGUACCAGGUGGAAUAUGCGUUAGAAGCCAUCUCCCACGCCGGCACGGCCAUCGGUAUUCUAGCCAAGGAUGGCAUUGUCCUGGCUGCCGAGCGCAAGGUGACGUCGAAGCUUUUGGAGCAAGACACAUCAGCCGAGAAGCUUUAUAUCCUCAAUGAUAACAUGAUCUGUGCCGUCGCUGGCAUGACGGCCGACGCCAACAUCCUCAUCAAUUACGCUCGGCAAGCCGCACAACGGUACCUCCUGACGUACAACGAAGACAUCCCCUGCGAGCAGCUGGUGCGCCGGCUCUGCGACCUCAAGCAAGGCUACACACAACACGGUGGGCUGCGGCCAUUCGGCGUAUCGUUCAUCUACGCCGGCUGGGACCCGCAGCGCCAGUUCCAGCUGUAUUUGAGCAACCCUUCGGGCAAUUACGGCGGAUGGAAGGCCACGAGCUCUGGCGCCAACCACGCGAGUGCGCAGAGCUUGCUUAAGCAGGACUAUAAGGAGGAUUGCACGUUGAAGGAGGCAUGUGGCAUGGCGGUCAAGGUGUUGAGCAAGACCAUGGACUCGACAAAGCUGAGCAGCGAGAAGAUCGAGUUCGCGACCGUAGGCCAGACUAAGGACGGUAAGAUCUACCACAAGCUUUGGAGCGCGGAAGAAAUCACGGCGUUAUUGAAGGAGCACGAUCUAGCCAAGGACGAAGCGGCCGAGGAGAAGUAG